AGGUACAGUGCAGAGAGGGAUAGCGGAAGAGGGAGUCUGGAAAUCACAAACAUGAACAAGCUGAAAUCCUCUCAGAAGGAUAAAGUUCGCCAGUUCAUGAUCUUUACCCAGUCAAACGAGAAAACAGCACUCAAUUGUUUGUCUCAGAAUGAUUGGAAACUAGACGUUGCUACAGACAACUUUUUCCAACAUCCCGACCUCUACGUACAGAAUCUAAAGGGAACACUAGACCGCAAAAAGUUAGAACAGCUCUAUAAUCGGUACAGAGACCCUCAAGAUGACAACAAGAUCGGUAUAGAUGGGAUCCAGCAAUUCUGUGAUGAUUUAGGACUUGAUCCAGCCAGUAUAAGUGUACUGCUAAUCGCUUGGAAGUUUCGAGCCGCAACACAGUGCGAGUUUUCCAAACAAGAAUUCAUGGAGGGAAUGGCUGAACAAGGGUGUGACAGCAUAGAAAAACUCAAGGCACAGCUACCCAGGAUGGAGCAAGAGUUGAAGGAUCAAGGGAAAUUUAAAGACUUCUAUCAGUUCACAUUUAACUUUGCUAAGAAUCCAGGACAGAAGGGCUUAGACCUAGAAAUGGCAAUUGCAUACUGGAAUUUAAUAUUGGCUGGACGUUUUAAAUUUCUAGAUCUAUGGAACAAAUUUUUAUUGGAGCAUCAUAAGCGAUCCAUUCCCAAAGACACAUGGAACCUUUUGUUAGAUUUCAGCACGAUGAUCACAGAUGAUAUGUCAAACUACGACGAGGAGGGAGCCUGGCCAGUUCUUAUUGAUGAUUUUGUGGAGUUUGCGCGGCCGUGCAUCGGCACCAAGAGUACAGCUGUAUGAGUACAUUCCUUCAGAGGGACUUCUGGACCUCAUUGAAAACAAACAGCUUCUGCUGAGCACAGAAGACUGAACUGAGAUCUGCAUUGCCUUUUCCAAGCCCUCAGGACUGAGACAUUUAUACAAACCAGAGACAUUAAAGGCGUCUUUUCUCUUCAGUCAUCUAAUGGUGGUUUGGGCUUUUGUCUUUUUGGGCCAUUUUUGUUUUCUCUUCGUACAGGAUUGUAUUGAAUCUGGCACUUCUUCAGUGGUCUCAUUCAGAUGAAGCGGUUUGUUGAGCAAGCUCCGACAGAUACAGUUAGGAAAUGUCAAAACCUUAAUUUUAAUAACUCCAUGUGCAUUCUCGCUUUGAAUGUUUGUUUGUUUUUUUCUUUCCAUUUGGUUUUUAUGAAAAUUAUAUGUCAAGCGUUGUUUGAUUGUUCUCUUUCUCUCUUUUUUUUUAUAAAACAGAGAAGCUGGUGUCUUGAAAACCAGUCACAUUUAACUUGUUUUAUUGUGACGAUGUACAUUUUCUGUUGAUAUCCAGACAGUAACUUCAGCUUUGCGCGUUUGGUUUUGAUUAAAUCAAUAGGUCAUAACUGAAAAUGUUAUAUUUUACAAUCGUAGAAAUAAUAUUAAUUUUGAACCAUACCUCAGUUUUCCUUGAUUAAUGACUCCAUUUUGAUGUAUUGAUAUACUGUGUUUGCAGUUCAUUCAGCACUUUGAUAAGUCACAUAAUCCAUAUCAUAUAAUCAGGUUAUAGUUGAUGAAUAAAGUCAGAUGGCCUUGAAAA